ACCUCUGUCUCUUCAAUCCCUAGAUUUCAUCUGCGGUAAAGCCGUGUGCAAGAGUACAGACCAGGAAAGGAGAAUGAAGUCUACCGUUGGCAUAGCCAUCCUUUUGGCAGCACUCCAACUAAGCUGGUGCCAGAGGAUCAAAAGCUUGACGGCCUGCUUGAGCGGGCAGAGCCUGCGGGUGGACUGUCGUUACGAGCGGAAGACGGAGAACCCCGUGAACUAUGAGUUCCGCCUGAGCAAAGAUGCCAGCGACGGACUCAUCGUCGCCAGCAACAUGAACGUCGCCAACGCCGCCUAUAAGAGCCGCACGGAAAUCACGACGGACAACAACCUGGUGUGCCUCUACCUCCACGGCUUCACCAACAACGACGAGGGCAUCUACGUCUGCAAGCUGAAGAUCACCAACGAUUAUGGGAUGCAGGCUCGGAAUGUCUCGGUUCUCAAAGACCGGCUGCAGAAAUGUGCCGGCAUGAGUCUCUUGAUCCAGAACACCUCCUGGCUGCUUGUCUUACUCCUCUCCUUGCCUCUGUUGCAAGCCGUGGACUUCAUGUCUCUGUGAAGGAGGAAGGAACCAGGCCAGGCGAGGACAAGGAGAAGAGGGUUGUACAAACGAACCUUAAAAACCGAGCCUUGGAAGGUGGCCCUUUGCUUCUCUUCAGGAAGGAGGUGGCCAGAAGGAGGAGAGUUUGACGCCGAACCCAGAUCGCAUCGCUCAGUAUUAUGUCUUUCUGUUCCUCUCUAUUCUAUCUAUCUCUGUAUCUUAAGAGCUGCAUAGCUAACACGAGUGACUGAUCCGCGCUAACAGCCCCCAUCCCAUGCAAGAAGUACAUCCGAGGGGAAGGGGGGGUGUUGUCAGAAAUGAGGAGUCCUCCGCACACCGUAGAGAAAUAUGACGCAAGCAUGCCAGCAUUUUCUGUGGCGCCACUUCCCCCCACCCCACUCAUACGCCAACCAUGAACGUUGCCAUGGAUCUCAUGUUUCCACCCUCUUCUCCUCCCCACCCCCUCAUAGCCCAAAGCUGGAUGUUGGAGGUACGGCUUCUCACAUCCAUUUUUGUCUUUCGAGAUCAGGUGAGUCCUCGGGCUAGAGACGAAAGGCAGAGGAAGGAUGAAACGCCUCUGGGUGGGUUUUGGGAGAGAGAGAAAUUAAACUAAAAAGGCAUCGGGCAAGUGGCCGUGUAGAAAGUGGGGCGGUUGGCUUUGUCUGGACCACGAACAAUUUUUUUUUUAUGUUAGAGGAUGAUCGACUAGAAAUCUUUCCAUUUUGGACUGGCCGUGAGAGUCUUCCAAUACAAAGAAAGCAACUUCUCUGAGCACCUUGGAGGGGUUUAGAUAACGGUCCACGCGUCCCUUUAUCCCAGGCUGGUGGUCUUUGACCGAGCACAGCCUUCUCUUCCUCUGUGGACACAGGGACGAGGAAUCGUGGUCAACUGGGGAGAGAAAAGGGGGCUACUCUUUGGGAACCAGCCGUGCCCAGUUUCAACCCCAGCUUUCUGAAGGCCUGCUACUAGGUGCCUUUGGCAAGAGGACAGCUGAGAAGGGGAAAACUCAAACCUUCCUGCCUGCCUUUCAGCUGACCAGUGAGCUGAGAAGGGUAGGGUGCUUAUGAUAGAGAGAAGACAAAUGAUGAGAGGGGGCUAGAUUUUUCCAUGCCAGCAAGAUCAGACAUGGAAGAAUAGAAUUCUUGAAUGGACUGGGACCUGAGCAUCCAAAGAAAUCAUGCCUGGAUUCUACCUCACUCCCAAAACAGCACAAAAUCAAAUUAUUUCUCUGCAUUAGUGCAUUUUUAAUACUUAACUAGAAGCAGUUCUGUAUUCUACAUGGUUUAGUUACUGUAUCUCAAGACAGAGGUGAUCUUUUUAUGGGGUUUUCCCCAGCACUUCGAUUAUUCCUUACCAAAAAAAAAAAAAAA